UGGAUGGGGCGCAACGCUCGCUUUCGAUUUUUCCUUUCGCUUUCUGUUCCGUUUAGUCCAACUCACUCUGACAAGUUGAAGGAGGACAUGACUGGGAAUAUGUUUGUUACUAGGUGCAAAACUAAUUGGCACAUUUUAUCCCAACGUGUAACGACGAACAAUGGAUGGUGGCAUCGGACGAUCACCAAACCAUCAUCAUACAAACAACGCAGCUCUCGACCUACUCGCAGCAAAAUCUUCGGAAUCCAACACUGACCUUCCCGCCGCAAGUGCUGACCUGUUGCUCUUCCGGCCAGGCGCGAGGGCUGCAAAAAAGAUCACGGACAGCCCGUCAGUGUGCUUGUCCGUGCGAUGACUUGAACCUUCAAUCAUGGCUGAUAUCAAGGUUAUCAGCUCUCACUCGGUGAGCUCCCCACGACGAGUAAGUGGGGCAUAGCUUUGACCGGGCUGGACGGCCAUAUAUGACCCGGGGAAUCGUGCACGAAACAACUGCAAGAAUCACGUUCACCAGCCCAGACGUA